AUGUCCUACGACGAGAAACGCUUCUCUGACCUGAUUUAUGACAUCUUGCGCCAAAGCGACCUCGAGACUGUCUCUGCAAAGAAGAUCCGCACUGCUCUUUCCGAGAAAGUCGGCUUCGAUGUUAGCGAACACAAGAUCCAACGCCUGAUCGAGAAUUGCUUCGACAGAGUGACUUCAGAGGACGUGAAUGGUACCAAUGGCGCAUCCCCCUCCCCCUCAGACUCCUCCCCUCAAAAGCGCAAAGAACCCUCUGAUGAAUCAGACUUGUCCGAUGUAGUAGACGACAGACCAAAGAAGAAACCUCGCAAGCAGGAUGCCGAGGAAGACGACGCUGCCUACGCCGCCCGUCUACAACGCGAGGAAAACAGCAGAGCCCGACCCACCAGAGCCGGCGCAACCAGAAAGGCAGCUCCUGUAAAGAGGAAGAAGAAGUCGGCCGCCAGGGUGAAGGACGGUAGUGACGCCGAAACCAAUGGAGANAAACCCAUGAACCUGUCAGAACCUCUUUCGGCCUUGCUCGGUGAGACGCAGUUAUCACGACCUCAGACAGUCAAGAAGAUCUGGGAAUACGUCAAGUCAAGAGACCUUCAAGAUCCAGCCGACAAACGCCAGAUUGUCUGUGACGAUGCCAUGCGUGCAGUCUUCAAGACAGAUCGCGUCCACAUGUUCACCAUGAACAAAAUUCUCAACCAGAACCUGUACGCAGCAGAAGAUGUCGUGGCCACCAAUCCCGCUCCAGCAACAGCAGCUCCAGCAUCCGCCCUUUCCUCUUCUCCAGCACCAGACAUGGGUUCAUCGCCGUAG